CCAUCUUACGGGAAGCAAUCAUCAGAUAUAGAGAGAGAGAGAGAGAGAGAGGAGAAAUGGUAGCAACAACUACUACAGCCACCUCACUAACCUGUGCACUUUUUCCCCACCAUGGAGGGCUUAGUCGAACAACUAGUGCCUUCAAAUGGAGAAAGGAGAGGCACGUCAGGAGACAGACUGGUUCUGCUAUAGUAACUGCAAAAUUUGAGCUGAAACCUCCUCCAUAUCCCCUGAAUGCAUUGGAGCCACAUAUGAGCAAGGAUACCCUGGAGUACCAUUGGGGAAAGCAUCACAGGGCUUAUGUGGAUAACUUGAACAAGCAAAUUGUAGGAACAGAACUAGAUAGCUUGCCGUUAGAAGAUGUUGUAAUUGUUACUUACAAUAAAGGUGAUGUUCUUCCAGCUUUCAACAAUGCUGCGCAGGCCUGGAACCAUGAGUUUUUCUGGGGAUGCAUGAAACCAGGUGGUGGAGGAAAACCAUCAGGAGAGCUUCUGCAAUUAAUUGAAAGAGACUUUGGUUCCUUUAAAAAAUUUGUGGAAGAAUUUAGGUCAGCUGCAGCUACACAGUUUGGAUCUGGAUGGGCUUGGCUUGCAUAUAAAGCAAAUAGGCUCAAUGUCGAAAAUGCAGUAAAUCCUCGCCCGUCAGAAGAGGACAAAAAGCUUGUUGUGGUGAAGAGUCCCAAUGCUGUAAACCCACUUGUUUGGGAUUACUCUCCACUCCUUACUAUUGAUGUCUGGGAGCAUGCUUACUACCUUGACUUUCAGAAUCGACGGCCUGAUUAUAUAUCAACCUUUAUAGAGAAGCUUGUAUCAUGGGAAGCAGUUAGUGCAAGGUUGGAAGCUGCAAAGACUAAAGCUGCAGAGAGAGAAAAAGAAGAAGAGAGGAGGAAAAGGGAGGAAGAGGAGAGUGUGCCAGGCAGCGAAGCUGCAGAGUUGUAUGUGGAUAGUGAAAGUGAAGAUUCUGAGGCCGAGUAACUGGGGACUAUUUUUCAGUUAGUCAAGGUUCUGUAUUACGAACACCCUCUGUUGAACUGUGAACGCUGUAGAAAUCUAUUAAUGAAAUGAGAUGAUUUCAAGCUAAA